AUGCUUCAAUUGAUCCAAAAUGCGGGACAAUUCGGAGGUCUACAAGGAAAAGACCUGCAUGCUCAUUUGACCAGCUUUGUAGAAAUGUGCAACACAUUCUCCAUACCUGGUGUGACUCCCGAAGGAAUUAGAUUGUAUCUCUUCCUGUAUACACUGCGGGAUAAGGCAAGGAGGUGGGCUGAGUCACUAGAGCCAAAUGAAAUCAACGCAUGGGACCAGUUGGUCGAGAGGUUUAUGAAUAAAUUCUUCCCUCUAGCCGUCAACGCAAGGAGACAGAGGGAUGUGUUGAAUUUCGAACAGAAGGGAUAUGAAACUUUGAGCAUCUGGGUGCGUUUCAGAAAAUUAGGGAAGAACUGUCCGCACAUCGAGAUGCCCGAUUGCGUUCUGAUGGAGACUUUUUAUAACGGCUUGGAUCGAUCAACGCAAGCAGUUGCUGAUGCCUCCACGGCAGGAGGGUUAAUGUACAAGACAUAUACGGAAGCAAAGAUCAUCUUAGAUCGCGUUUCGCGAAAUACAGAUGAGUGGAUAGAUAACGGGUAUGAGGAAAGAGCCUCGGAACAAAGAAGAGCAGAAAGUGCCAUUGUACCAGCUAAUACAAUGAACUCCCUGGCCGCCCAGAUGGCCACAGUAACCUCGCUCCUCCAGACUAUCGUUAUUCAGCAAGGACAUCUCUCUCAAAGUUUAGCGCAAGCCAAUGCACUGAUGCAAGUGGCCGCAAUAAGUUGCGUUCAAUACGGAGAGGGGCACUCAGUGGAAGUCUGCCUGUUGAAUCAACAAUCCGUAUACUCUAUUCACAAUGAAUCAUUCGGUAGCACCUACAACCCUGGUUGGCGGAAUCACCCAACUUUCAGUUGGGGAGGGAAUCACAACUAG